AUGUCUUUUGCGGAAAAACCAGAUGUCUCCAUGCUGGAGACUGCUUCAGGUAAUAAGGAGAAAUUCCCAGCAAAUGCCGAGCCAGAGACUCUCGCUGCUGUCGAGCGACCGAAUCCAUGGGGGAAAGGUCAUAGAUCACUCUAUCUUAUGUGUGCUUUGAUCUAUAUGUGUUCAACGAUGAACGGUAACAGUCCUUUCAUCCGGUGCGACUCGAGUCCGGUGCUGAUCUCGUCAGGAUACGAUGGAUCGUUAAUGGGAAGCAUCAAUGCAAUACCAGAAUAUCAAGCGUACUAUAAUUUAGGUGCAACUGGUGCUGCCAGCACUGGUCUUGUAUUUUCGAUUUUCCAGAUCGGACAAAUGGCUGGAGCUCUGUUUACUUGGAUCUGUGACUGGCAGGGUCGAAGAGUCCCUAUCUUUGGUGGCUGCCUCGGUGUUGUGAUAUCAACAAUUAUCACUGCGGUAGCUCCAAAUCUCCCAACUUUCAUUGGUGGCCGAUUCCUCCUCAGUUUUUGCUCAACCAUCGCCACUGUUGCUGCACCCCUGUAUCUAGUCGAAAUAGCUCCACCGUUUUAUCGAGGAACAGUUGCUGGGAUGUACAACACUCUUUAUUAUAUGGGUUCCAUUCUUGCAACUUGCACAAUCUAUGGAUCGAAUCUUCAUAUUCCAGGCAAUCUGAAAUGGCGUCUGCCACUAUGGUUACAGAUGGUAUGUCCUGGCCUGGUCUGUAUAGGCGUUUGGGUUGUUCCCGAGUCGCCUCGAUGGCUCAUCGGCAAAGGUCGAGUGGAAGAAGCUCGUCAAAUCAUCACAUACUAUCAUGCAAACGGCGACGCGAACCAUCCCAUCUGCGAAGUCGAAAUGAGUGAGAUCACGAAGUCUCUCGAGGCCGAAGGCAUGACAACAUUCCGAACAUUUUUCGAUCUCCGUGUCCUCUUCAAGUCGCGAGCGAGACGAUACCGCCUGAUGCUCUGCAUGGCUAUGGCGUGGUUCGGACAGUUCUCAGGAAACAAUAUCGCCAGCUACUAUCUGCCCAUCAUGUUGAAGGCUGUCGGAAUCACGAGCGUCAAUACACAACUUCUCUUGAAUAUCAUCUAUGCUUUGACGGGUUGGAUUGCCGCCUCCUCUGGGGCACGAUUCCACGAUAUCGCUGGUCGAAGGAAAAUGCUGAUGGGUUCGUGUAUUGGAAUGGCUAUAUGCCUGGCCAUCGUGGCUGCAACUGCUGCAGAUUUCCAAAACAAUGGGAACGUGGAAUCGAGUAAGGCUAGCAUUGCAUUUACAUUUAUCUUCGGAGUUGUCUUUGCAUUCGCUUUCACAUCAAUGCAGCCAAUUUACCCAGCCGAGGUAUUGUCGAAUGAUCAGCGUGCCAAGGGUAUGGCGGUUUUUCAAAUCACUGCUGGGUGUGCUGGCUUCGUCAACACUUUUGCAGCCCCCAUUGCUCUGAAUAAUAUCACGUACUGGUUUUAUAUAUUCUUCGUUUUCUGGGAUGUCUUCGAAGCUCUUUUCAUUUAUUUCUUCUUCGUGGAAACCAAGGGUCGAACACUUGAAGAGCUAGAUGCCGUUUUUGAGGCUAAGAGUCCAAGAAAAGCAAGCACAGCUCUCAUCCUAGCUAGGUACACGGUGUGA